AUGGCCAUCUUCGGAGUUCCAUUGUCGGUGCUGGUCGCCGUUGCGGCGGCCUGCGGGAUGCUGCUCGGGCUGAGGGCCCGGAGGCCGACGGACGACAGGAUGCGAGGCAUCCCGGGGACGAUGGGGUGGCCAGUGGUGGGCGAGACCUUCGCCUUCAUCGCCGCCUUCUCCAGCCCCAACGGCAUCCUCAGCUUCAUGCGCGACCGCCAGAAACGGUAUGGGAAGGUGUUCAAGACGUACGUGCUGGGUCGGACGACGGUGUUCAUGACUGGGAGGGAGGCGGCCAAGAUCCUGCUGUCCGGCAAGGACGGCGUGGUGAGCCUCAACCUCUUCUACACCGGCAAGCAGGUGCUGGGGCCGACGAGCCUGCUCACCACCAACGGCGACGAGCACAAGCGGCUGCGCCGCCUCAUCGCGGUGCCCCUCUCCGUGGACGCCCUGAAGAAGCACUUCGACUUCAUCAACCACCUCGCUAUCCAGACGCUCAGCUCCUGGGCCGGCCGCCGCGUCCUCGUCCUCAACGAGGCCUCCUCCUUCACGUUGAAGGUGAUCGCCAACAUGCUGGUGAGCCUGGAGCCGGAGGGUAAGGAGCAGGAGGAGUUUCGGGCCAACUUCAAGGCCAUCUCCUCCUCCUUCGCGUCGCUGCCGCUCAAGCUGCCCGGCACGGCGUUCCACAACGGCCUGAAGGGCAGGAACCGGAUGUACGAGAUGCUGGACGCGGUGAUCGCGCGCCGGAGGCACGGCGGCGAGGUCCGGGAGGACUUCCUCCAGACGCUCCUGAUGAAGCACGCCAGAGGCGAAGGUGAAGCUGCGACCAAGGAGGAGGAGGAGAAGCUGACAGAUGCGCAGCUCAAGGACAACAUCCUCACCCUGCUUGUCGCCGGCCACGACACCACCACCGCGGGCCUCACCUGGCUAGUCAAGUUCCUCGGUGAGAACCCUGCCGUCCUCCACAAACUCAGAGAGGAGCAUUUGGCGAUCAGGGAGGGGCUAAACGGCGAGGCUCAUCUGAGAUGGGCAGAUGUGAACAACAUGCCGUACACCACAAAGGUGAUGAACGAGACGCUGAGGAGGGCGACCAUCCUGCCAUGGUACUCGAGGAAAGCCGCGCAGGACUUCACCAUUGACGGGUACGAGGUGGCCAAGGGCGCUUCGGUGAACCUGGACGUGGUGUCCAUCCACCACGAUGCCACUGUUUUCUCCGACCCGGAUAAGUUCGACCCGGAUAGAUUCGAUAGCACCAUGAAGCCGUACAGCUUCCUGGGGUUCGGCAGCGGGCCACGUAUGUGCCCCGGGAUGAGCCUGGCCAAGCUCGAGAUCCAGAUCUUCGUCCACCAUCUCGUCUGCACAUACGACUGGAAGGCUUUGGAGAACGAUGACUCGGUGCAGCCGACCCUGGUGCGCAUGCCCAAGAACAAGUACCCUGUCCACGCCACCACAAUCUGA